GAAUUCCGUCGAGUUGGGUGUGAUUUCCUUUUCCACUGCCCGAGAAUUUCUCGGUCAAGAUUUGGAUUUCGAGAAAUAAUUUCUUUUAUAGAUUCGUCGCCUGGUGAUUGGUUUUCUUGAAUUCGUUUCUGCGCUUGCGAUUGGGGCUUUUGUUUGCCUUCCGCACUACGUGAAUGGAGACAGAAUUGCUGGGAAAAUGGAGAUGGUUGUGAGUUGUGACUAAGGCGUAGUUCGCUAGGUAGCUGCAACAGAUGGGCUGUUUUCAAUCGAAACGCAGAAAGCAAUACCCAGGAUAUGAGGACCCCGUGCUUCUUGCUUCUCAGACGGCCUUUACUGUCAGUGAAGUUGAGGCACUUUUUGAACUGUUCAAGAGCAUUAGUGGUUCUGUAAUCGAUGAUGGAUUGAUCAACAAGGAAGAAUUUCAGCUUGCAUUAUUUAAGAGCAGAAAAAGGGACAAUCUCUUUGCAAAUCGGUUAUUUGAUCUAUUUGAUGUUAAACAAAAGGGAGUGAUUGAUUUUGGGGAUUUUGUUCGAUCUCUCAAUGUUUUUCACCCAAAUGCUCCGCAUGAAGACAAAGUAGAUUUUUCCUUCAAACUUUAUGAUCUGGAUGGCACGGGCUUCAUUGAAAGGAAAGAGGUCAAGCAAAUGCUGAUUGCACUGCUGUCUGAAUCAGAAAUGAGAUUGGCAGAUGAGACUCUGGAGAUAAUCCUGGAUAAGACAUUUCAAGAAGCUGAUGCUAAUCAGGAUGGAAAAAUAGAUAAAAUAGAAUGGGAGAAUUUUGUCUCUCACAACCCUUCAUUGAUGAAGAUCAUGACCCUUCCAUAUCUCAGGGACAUAACAACAACAUUUCCGAGUUUUGUAUUUAAUUCUGAAGUUGAUGAUAUUGCCACUUGAGAUUUGCUCGCCGUACUGUGUAUGAGGAGAUUACAAGCAACCGAGCAUCUGUAUACACAAAAGUGCAGACUAUCAAAGCACGUUAGCAGCAAGAAUGUGAUGCCAUCAGAGUUGCUACGGACAUUUAUUAGUGUUUGUAGUUGAUUUCCCGGUAGAAAUGCACCUUCAGAAUUUAGGUUUUCUGCCUAGAAUGAUCUGCCAUGGUUUUGUGCUUUAGGAUUGUGUUGUGGUAUUUGAUCAAAAUGUGUAUACAUUAAACGAGAGUAGUUUUGCCUUUGCCAUGUGCUUCUUGGGAUGCCUUUGAUGUAAGGAUUUUUUUUUUCCAUUGUUUUUC